GAAAAGUGGUAAGUGAGAUGUAUCUUCUUUGGGUGGUUGAUAAAUUGUGGUUGUAUUUAUUAAUUUCUUGGAUAUAUUUAUAUUUGCAUUUACUUAAUCUUUACUCCCGGAAUCCACAGACGUAUUGGCAGCGCUAAUUUUGUAAUUCAGUGAAUAUGUCUAAGUAGAAGUUCAUGACUCUGACUUAUAUUUCUCUAUUACAUUCAUCUAGGUUCGAACCGCGUCUGUUUUUAUUUGCUUUGAUUUCUCCUUAAAUUUUGUUUUAUCAACUGUGUGUUGUCGAAUCCUAAAACCAUACCCAUUGACAUUCGGUUCGCCUGGAACACUAGAUUGCCGAAACAAAAAGUUAUCCAUGAUUAGUCGAACCAAAAGUUAGAGGGGCACUUGACUAAUGGAACUGGGUAAUGAUAAGCUAAUCUAAUUGAUAUCUAGCCCCUCCCAGAUACCGACACUAAGCUACACACGCGGCAGACAGCAGCUGGAACUCGGCAUGGACACGCUGAGGGCUCUGGAGACGGUGCACCGCGUCUGCCAAGUGUGCAACUUGUGGCCAUGGCGCCUCGCCGCCCUGCCGGAUGCGGAGGGCCUCCUGCUCCGCCGGUCGCGCUGGCUGGAGCUCUACGGCUGGACAGUGCUUACGGUGGCCAGUGGCUUUACCGCCUACGGUCUCUUUCAGGAGAGCAGCGGCCAGCAGCAGCAGGAGGAGGAGGACGCCGAGACUACUAUCUCGAGCAUUGGUCACACCGUGGACUUCAUCCAGCUGGUGGGCAUGCGGGUGGCACACCUGGCUGCCCUGCUGGAGGCGCUGUGGCAGCGGCAGGCGCAGUUGGAAUUCUUUGUCGAGCUGGACGAGAUCGAUCGGCAACUGUCCAAGGCCCUGAGGGUGGACGUGGGGGCCGGUCGCCUCCUAAUGCGCCGACAAACGACACGUUGGGCCGUGUGGAUCCUGUGGGGCUAUGUGGUCAGCCAGAGCCUGAUCCUGGGCGCCAAACUGCUCGUUCCGGGCCACCGCUUCCCGAUCUACUGGAUCUACUACCUGUUGCCGCUGCUCGUGUGCGGCUUACGCUACUUUCAAAUCUUCACCGCUGUCCAGAUCGUGCGCCAGCGCCUGGACGUGAUCCUGGUGGCCCUGCAGCACCUCCACCUGCAGCAGAAAAGCCCCGGGCUGGAGCCCGUGCCCGAAGAGCAGGCCCAACUCGAGCAGGUGGCCAUGGAACGGCUGGUGGCCGUGAGGCUCGUAUACCAACGCGUGUGGGCCCUGGUGGCCUUGCUGAACCGCUGCUACGGAAUCUCGAUGCUGAUGCAGGUGGGCAACGACUUCCUGGCCAUCACCUCUAACUGCUACUGGAUGUUCCUCAACUUCCGCCAGUCGGCGGCCACCCCCUUCGACAUCCUGCAGAUCGUGGCCAGCGCUGUGUGGUCGGCACCCCAUUUGGGCAACGUGCUUGUCCUCUCGCUGCUCUGCGACCGAACGGCCCAGUGUGCCACUCGCCUGGCCCUGUGCUUACAUCAGGUAAACGUGGAUCUGGGGAAUGAGUGCCACAACGCUCUGAUUACCCAGUUCUCGCUGCAGCUGCUCCACCAGCGGCUCCACUUCAGCGCCGCUGGCUUCUUCAACGUGGACUGCACGCUUCUCUACACGAUCGUGGGUGCCACCACCACGUACUUGAUUAUCCUGAUCCAGUUCCACAUGAGCGAGUCCACCAUGGGCAGCAAAUCAACUGGAGAAUAACCAUCGAGAAGCAGAAGUGGCAGCUGAAUGAUCCAAACACCAUGCACGAGCAUAAACCAGUUUUAUCUAAAUGCAAAAAUAUUUUAUUCCUAUCUAUUAUGCUUAAUGUAAACGCCAAUUUAUAACCAGCAGCAGUGUCGCACAAACUCUACCUCUAGAAAAUUGAUUUAGAAAAAAACUUUUUGUUGAGCGGAUUAAGAAAGAAGUGAUAAGAACCUCCACCUUGUGUCCUCAGCAGUUCAAAACACCCAGCCUUUUGCCUUUGGGUCGCAUAUGAGCCGAGAUACCCUGCACAAAUACUUUCAAAGAAUAUUGCUUAAAAAAGUGUUUUUGCAGGCUAACUCACUUAAAACAGGACUCCCAUAAAAACAGAGUUACUGUUUCGUACUCCUGAGGACCCAAGCUAGCGAACCCAAUCACUUUUUUUCCCGAUCGCGAUCAAUCAAUUUG